AUGCACCGCCUAGACAACGUUCUGGAGCAGCUGUCGGCUCUUAGCAACACGCAGAAAUGCCAGCCUCAAUACACCGCGCAAUGGCACCUGGUUGGCGUUUCCCUUGAAGCGUUAUUGAAAAGAUACUUCAGCUCCGCUGGCGCGCCGCCUGCGAUAUGCCCCUGCAACCGACCCCGCGACAGGGCUACAAGAAUGAACUCCUAG